AAAGUGUCUGUAUGAUUCGCGCUUAUCGCAUUUCGCUGUACACGUUUUUCGCGCAAACAGAAACACAUGAGGUGCCUGAAGAUUGUCACAGACAUAAUGAAGAAAAUGGCGGCAGCAUCGAUAAGAUACACAGUUGCACAGAUGAUGAUGAUCAGUAUCAAGCUAGUUACGAUGUAGGUUCUUUUCCUAAAGAUUUUGGAUAUGCCCCAUUUGAUGGAGAAACAGAGGGAUCUAUGGAUCCUUUAGCAGGAGAACAAAAACCUAGAAUAUUAUUAAUGGGCCUUCGCAGGAGUGGAAAGUCAUCAAUACAAAAAGUAGUUUUUCAUAAAAUGUCACCAAACGAAACGCUGUUUUUGGAAAGCACAAACAAAAUUAUCAAAGAUGAUAUAAGCAAUUCUAGUUUUGUUCAAUUCCAAAUUUGGGACUUUCCGGGACAAAUUGAUUUCUUUGAUCCUACUUUUGAUAGUGAUAUGAUAUUUGGUGGUUGUGGAGCACUAGUUUUUGUUAUCGAUGCUCAAGAUGAUUACAUGGAAGCACUUAAUAAACUUCAUUUGACAGUUACAAAAGCAUAUAAAGUUAAUCAAGCGAUAAAAUUUGAGGUGUUUAUACACAAGGUUGAUGGCUUAUCUGAUGAUUGUAAAAUGGAAACACAAAGAGAUAUACAUACUAGAGCAAAUGAUGAUCUUGCAGAUUCUGGAUGUGACCAAAUACAUCUGAGUUUUCAUUUAACAUCCAUAUAUGAUCAUAGUAUAUUUGAAGCAUUUAGUAAAGUUGUACAAAAAUUGAUACCACAAUUACCAACUCUAGAAAAUUUACUAAAUAUACUCAUAUCAAAUUCUGCAAUUGAAAAGGCAUUUUUAUUUGAUGUAGUGUCUAAAAUUUAUAUUGCAACUGAUAGUUCUCCUGUAGACAUGCAAAGUUAUGAACUCUGUUGUGAUAUGAUUGAUGUUGUUAUUGAUGUAUCUUGCAUAUAUGGGUAUGCCUUACAAAAAUCUACUUUGAGAGAGGAUUUAGAAGCUGCAGCAUUUGAUAAUCAAAGUUCUAGUUUAAUCAAAUUAAAUAAUGGAACGAUUUUAUAUUUACGAGAAGUUAAUAAAUUCUUGGCUUUAGUCUGUAUUUUGCGUGAAGAUAAUUUUGACCGACAAGGUGUAAUUGAUUAUAACUUCCUUUGCUUUCGUAAAGCUAUACAACAGGUUUUUGAAUUGCGUAAUAAAGCUUUAACUACUGCAAAUGUUAAUAAUCAUUCAACACCACCUAUUAAUUUGAAUGAAACUACAAAUGCACCUACAGUAUCACAAAGUGGAACAAUAGGACAAAAUGGUACCGUUGUAAUUGCACAGAGUUUUGGCCAGAAAUCAUUAUUGGAUGUAUAAAAAAUUCAAAAAUAUUUUAUUGUUGGACAUAUGACAUGCUGCAGUUAAAUGCAGAACUUAAGCCAGUCACUGCAAACAAAGCAAUUAAAAAAAAAGAUACAUUAAAUGAUGAUAUAAAUUAUGCUACUGUAUCUUAUUAGUAGUAAUUAUUAAAAACUUUAAUAUUUUAUUUUUUAAUACUUCUUAUUGUAUUAAUUAUUGUAUUAAUUUUAGGAAUACUAGUUUGACAUAAACUCUAUAAUUGUGUUAAUAAAAUUUCAGACUUACAGUAAUUUGCAUCCUUAUUCUGAACUGCAUUAUGUAAGGCUAAAGCAAGGUAUGUAUGAUAUUUAUUAUAACUGUUUUCUAGCACAUCUAAUUCUUCACUAGCAAAUGUUAAUUUUUUAUAAUUCCAUCGAGCACGGAUAUGAUUACACAUCUCAAUUAACUAAAAAAAAUUUAGAUAUAUUGUGUAUUUGUAUAAGAUGUAUUUGUAGAAAAUAUAUUAUGUAUAACAAAGUUAAUAUAUACAUACAUUAUUUAUUGUUGCCAUUAAAUCUUCAUACUCUGAAGUUAAUAAACAGUGUUCAUGAACUUUUUUUAAAUAUUCAUUAUGAACUGUAAUUAAAAAAUAAAAGAAUUAUAUAUUGUAUAUAUUACAAUUUUAUUAGUAUAUAAAUUCACUAUAAUUACCUGAUAUAAUUGUGUCCAAACUCUCGGCUUGUGUCAAAGAUUUUUCUAACAUAAGACUUAAAUUUUGUAAUACUUGACCAGAUAAGUACGUAUGUACUAAUGUAAUUGCAUGUAAUAAACAAAAUCUUAAGCUUUCAAUACGUCUGAUAUGAAACUGUUCUAAUUUAUUCCUUUUGCAUACUGAUUUUGAACCUUCUAAAUCUAUAAAAAAAUAUCUUUAUUUAUAAUAUUCUAUUAAAAAUGAGAAAAAGAGUCUUAUAAUGUUUUUUUUACCAUUAAAUCUUAAAUUAUUUAAUGUCCAUAAAGCCCACUUUAAUUUCAACUGAAAUCUAAAUAUUUCAUUAUAUUUUACGAAAGUUUUUUCAUUUAAUACAAUAUUUAUAGGCCAGCCUAUUGUG